AUGAUCUCCGACAACGACGAAUCUUUAAUUGGAGGAUACAGGUGUCGGCAAUUCAACAUCAAAUCCAAAGAUGAGUUCCAACAGAUAUCAAACUUGAUCUCAAAUCAUCUUUCAGAACCAUAUUCCAUCUACGUAUACUGGUACUUUUUAAACAAUUGGCCACAGUAUACAUAUGUCCUUCUAGAUCAAACAGACAAAGGCAAUGACCAAGAACCUCUGGAACUACUGGAAUGUGAUAACAACGAACAAGUUAUUGGUGUCAUCAUCUCCAAAGUCGAACCACACAGAGAAGUAAGGUCACGAGGCUAUAUAGGAAUGCUCGUGAUUGACCCCAAAUACCGAAACAAGGGACUUGCUUCAGGACUAGUCGAAAUGACCAUAAACAAGAUGAAACAAGAAAACGUCGAUGAAAUCAUGUUGGAGACAGAAGUAAUAAAUAAAGGAGCUUUGAAUUUAUACGAAAGCUUUGGAUUCUUGCGAACAAAAAGACUAUACAAGUACUACUUGAGCACCCAUGAUGCAUUUCGACUAAUACUACCAUUGAGCGACAAGGCACAUACAAGAAUAGCAUUCCUCCCGCCACUAUAA